UUAAAUUAUUUUUUUAUUAUUAUUAGAAAAUGAACAUUCUCCCUGCAGUGCUUCAGAACGGGAUUUCGAGCACAGCCAGACACAUUUGCAAAUUACCCAGAGAGCGCAAUGCCUUCUCCCAUAUCCAACGCAACCCAACAGACCAGAAACUCUCAUCACGUACGUACUCAAGGUGGAACCAACCAAACGAUCCGGACGACUGUGAUAAAAGAGCCACAAAUCAUGUUAGAGCCAAAUAUAAACACCUGAUUAAGGUGCUCAAAGAGGACGCAGAAAAAAGAGAAAUGUUGAAAAUCAAGAAAGGUAAAGAGCGAAGCGAGAAGGCAAAGGAAGGUAAGAAAAGCUCUCUGCUACUGCGAAAAUUGAGAGGGAAGGGAACUAAACAAGUAAAACAGGGAAGAAUCGCUGACAGAAAUAUAAUUUUUGUCGCCGGUCUGGGUAGUAUAGGUAUGGGCGCCAGUCGGGAGAUUCUUAAAAAGGGGCCAAAGAAUCUGUUGAUUUUUGGUAGAUCAACCAAGCCAAAGGCUAUGGAGGAACUGAGACGCAUCAAUAAGAAAUCAAAUAUAAAGUUCUACAAAUAUGAUGUGACUCUUCCGUUGAAGGCCAGCAAAGAACUGCUGUACAAAGUCUUUGAGGAAUACAAGAAAAUUGAUUUGCUAAUCAAUGGCGCCGGAUUGCUGGACGAGCACAAGAUCGCAGAAACAGUCGAUGUGAACUUUAAGGGCACAGUAAACACCACAACAGCCAUCAUGGACUUUUGGGACAAGCGCAGAGGAGGCCCGGGUGGCGUUAUCGCCAACCUCUGCUCUGCGAGUGCCUUCAAUCCAAUUUACCAGCUGCCUGUUUACAGUGCCUCUAAGGCGGCAGUCCUUAGCUUCACUAUCUCGCUAGCGAAACUGGCGCCCCUCACUGGGGUAACAGCCUUCUCUUUUAAUCCGGGUAUUACGCAGAAUCCAUUGAGGAAUAAAUGUAACUCGUGGCUUAAUGUUGAGCCCUGCGUGGGCAAGUUGCUUCUAAUACAUCCUACACAGACGACAAAACAAACCGGUAAGAGCUUAGUUGAAGUCCUCGAGGCGAACAGAAAUGGUGUCAUCUGGAAGGUGGACCAAGGCCGGCUAGAAGCCGUCAAAUGGCUAGGACAGAGGUACUGGGAUUCGGGUAUCUGAAAUUC